UUGCCUUAGUAAUUAAAAUUUAGUAUCUAAUUAUGUCUUAUGCUCGUGGUGUUUGGAUUGAAGAUGGUAUGGAAACAGAAGGUGUUGUUCCAUGUAACUGGAUAAUUGAUAAUAAACUGUAUUGGCCCAAUGGUAUAUCUGUGAUAAAACACUUUCAGCUCCUAAAUAUACCAGAUGUCUUGAAAUGGAAACAUUAUAAAUAUUUGUCAACAAAGUGUGUAGGAGAUGAACAAACAUGUCAAGACUAUGAGUUUGUAACAACCCAGGAGGAAAAAAGUGCUUCAGAAGAAUCGUUAAUAGAAAGUUCUAAUGAAGAAGUCACGGGGUUAGCUUAA